AUGGCACCCUCCUCCUCCACCUACGAUGUGUUCCUCAGCUUUUGUGGAGUUGAUACUCGAUUCGGUUUCACUGGGAAUCUUUACAAAGCUCUUCACGAGAGGGGAAUCAACGCCUUCAUAGAUGACAAGAAGCUCGAGAGAGGGGAGGAAAUCACGCCGUCACUUCUCAACGCAAUUGAACACUCCAAGAUUGCCAUCAUUGUUCUCUCUGAGAACUACGCAUUUUCGUCAUUCUGUUUAGAUGAACUUUCCAAGAUCCUUGACUGCAUGAAGGAAAUGGGUCAGUUGGUCUGGCCAGUUUUUUAUCAAGUGGAUCCUUCUGAUGUGCGGAAGCUGAGCGGGACUUAUGGAGAAGCCAUGGCUAUGCAUGAGCAGAGGUUCAAGGAUAACUUGGACAGGUUGAUCAAUUGGAAGAUUGCUUUGUAUGAUAUUACUCAAUAUUUAAGAAUUUCUUAA